GACCAGUUCGGGAUGCGCUGAUAUCAUUGUCAACUAGCAAGUGAUUGCGUGUAGAGCAAACUUUCAUUUCCUUCGUGGACUCGUAACGUAACGACAUAACCAAAAAAUGAAGACCAUCUUUGCCUUUGCUGUUCUGGCCACAGUUCUAGUCCUGGCCAACUGUGCUCCGUAUCAAAUCGCCUACUUGGUUCCAGUGGAUGUUCCGUUGAACCGAGUGGCACGUGCCGCACAAUUCAGCGGUAGUGCAGCUAACGCCGGCGCCCAGAGCUUCAAUAGCGGAUUCGGAGGUUUCGGUGGACUGUCCGGAAGCUCUGCCAAUGCUGCUGCCCAAUCCUUCUCCCAGGGUGGUGGUUUCGGUGGAUUCCCAGGAUUCAGCGGCAGUGCUGCCAAUGCUGGAGCUCAGAGCUUCUCCGGCGGUGCAGGUGGAUUCCCAGGAUUCGGUGGUUUCAGCGGAUCGGCUGCCAACGCUGGUGCUCAAUCCUUCAGCGGAUAAGUCGAUUAAACAUAGACUGGAAAACAUUCAUUUAUAUGUGACCUAUGCGUGUAAUUAACUUAAGAAUGCGUUAUGGAAUUUGUUAUGGAAUGCGCUUAAGAUUACAUACUUUUAGAACUAUGUUUAACAUAGAUACGAGUCAUUUUUAUUUCACGAAUCAAUUACACACACGUAAAUUAUGAAAGUACACAUAUCAUGACAUCGAUAAGAGGACUAUGCGAACAAAAAAAAUGAAAUAAAAUAAAAGUGAUCGAAUGUGAUAAAAUGUGUUCACAGGAAACAUA